UACUUCACCUGAAAUUAUCGAUGUUUUCAUUAAUGUGUUAUGAAAAUUUGUGGACAUCGUACUGUUUUGAGUUAUUUGUUUAAAUCAGAAACGUAUAGAUUUCCACCAAAUAAAUUUCAGAAAUGGCAGCAAAGGUGACAACGGGCCUAACUGGCUUGGCAGUAGCAAGCAAUCCUCAUCACACUCUGGGGGCUCUUUACGGAAAAAUUUUACGAGCUCUUUCUAAAAUGCCUCAAGAUGCUUCUUAUCGAAAAUAUACUGAAAAAGUGGUUCAAAAUAGACUCAAAGCUGUCGACACGCACAAGGACGUUACUGCUUUGGAAAAAGAGAUUGCAAGCGGUCAAGUGGAGGAAUUGAUAGUGCAAGCGGAAAAUGAACUUAUUUUAGCACGAAAAAUGCUAGGUUGGAAGCCUUGGGAAAGUUUAGUGAAGCCACAACCACCAAAACAGUGGACUUGGCCACCAGCAAAAAUUGUCGAACCUAAAGUGUAAUAUAUAAUUGUAAUAAAUGCAAUGGUCCAUAAUACCUGAAUUAAAUAUUUACUUAUAAAUUUCAAA